AUGCGAGAAGAAUUGCUUGAGACGCGUCAAACGCUACAAGAUAGGCAACAACAGCUGCAGCGCGCCCUGUAUGAGAUUGGUCAGCUACGCGAAGAUCUACGAGUAGCAAAGACUCAGCACGAAGGCUGGCGUGCGUUCACAGCGAGUAUCAACACGGAUCCUUACGCAAUUCUCAAGAUGCAAGGUCUACACAAAAACUUGCGAUACACUGAACUACGCAAGGUUGACCCGAGUGCAGCCAAAGCGGAAAUGCAAGUCUACGAAGAAUACGUACAGAAUCUUUUCGUGGAGAAGCCACAUGACAUUUUCCCCACGGUCGAUAUGCUCAUAAACGAAAUCGACUUCGUCGAGGUCAAGGAAAGCGGUGGUGACCUGAGAUGGAGAUUUGAUGCAGCCCUCGUUCUCGCGACGCAGCUUCAUGGAGCACUGGAGACGUACAGGCGUAUGAAAAUGCGUAUGAAAAGCGUAUGGGAUCGGAACUAUAAGACUACACUGUAUACCGUGGAUAUCCAGUUUAGUCUCCUCAUCCUGGACAUAAAUGACAACUUUGGGAACGACCCUGACUUAGUAAAAGCUCAGAGGCAACCCCUAGAUGGUGCAAAGAAUCUUCGCAGAACUUACGGUAUCACAGAAUACUACCCGGAGAGCAUUUGCGCACUUGAAAAGAGAAUUGGACGAGCCUGA